CGGUAACCCAGGGUCCUUAACCCGCCUCACAUAUAGAGGGUGUGCACUACUAACCCUAUACUCUUCACUUUUCAGUACCGCUUGCAGCGUCAUAUUAAUUCCCAUUCGCAGUAAUGCCACCUCUGUGGUAAGAGAGGUUCGAAGGCUCGAGUAGAGGACAACUCAGCAUGCGGAGAGAGCAAGGUCGAAUGAAGGCAAUGAGCGCCUCGCAGCGCCCCUUCGAGCGUCAAAUCGAAAUACUAGUACGCCGAUCAACUGAUCGCAUUGAACUGGAUUAAGAACGCGUCUGCUCUGGGACAUCACGUUCAAGGUCGCUGUGAUGGAGUGCGACAAUUCAUUGCUUCUUUGCAGAGUCUGUUGUGGAAAUUCAUAUGGUUGGAACUACUUGGACAACAACGACGCGCCGUCUCCAACAUGCUAUGUUUAAAGAAAACAGAAUGCCUGUUGCAAAGGAGGAUGAGGAGGUGAGCCUCAUGGACGUAUGUGGCAUUAAUUCCCGCUACUAUGCCCGGUCCUCUAUUAUUGCAAAUUCCCUUCCUAUCCAGAGUCCUUUUAUUUUUCUCCCGCCCCACCCGCCAUUUCCGAAUUCCCGCAUUUGUCAUCCAACCCAACCCAUGGUGCUGAGCUCCCCUGCUUCGUAGAUUCCCUUUUAAUUGCCUUUCCCUCCCUCCACGAUCCUUCUCAAUUUUAGGCCUCUCAACCCUACAAUAGUGACCUCUCUGCCAUCUUUCUUCCUGAUCGUGUUCCUUGUUGAGUUAUUAUGUGAUCCUCUCUUUGUACCCAUACAAUCCAACAUCUCUUGUCCAUUAUGGACUCCAUUGCGUCGGUGGGCUGGAGACUUGUAUACGCAGCCGAUGAUCCUUCCGUCAAUUUUUAUAGAAAUGGA